UGUCUUCUUGUUUAUUUGGUCUGUAAUAUAUUAGUUGCUGACUCUACAUUUUUUGUAGUACCCGUACCGGGGGGGUGGGAUGAAGUUGUAGAAAUCACUUUCUUAGGCGAUGUUACAAAAAAGUUUGGGAUCCACUGCUCCAGAUGAAGACUUCAAAAUGUGUCGUUCAGUUUCGUCAUGGUUGAGGGCACCUCAAAUCGAUGAGUCAUAUUAUUUAUGCUGACUAAUGACUACGACAGACUGCUCUAAUUUCUGAAUUUCAGUGAAGAUUUUUAUUGUUUUGAUGCUAUCGGAGUUACUAAGUAAAACUGGUGGUUACCAACGAUGACUGAACGAUACAGUUUUUCGCUUACAACUUUCAGUCCCAGUGGCAAGCUGGUUCAGAUCGAAUAUGCCCUCAAUGCAGUUGCUGCUGGUUCACCAUCAGUUGGCAUAAAAGCACAGAACGGAGUUGUUAUUGCAACCGAGAAGAAACAGAAAUCAAUUUUAUAUGAUGAAGGAAGCAUACAUAAAGUUGAAGCUGUAACAAAGCAUAUAGGAAUGGUUUAUAGCGGGAUGGGUCCAGAUUACAGAGUAUUGGUUAAGAAAGCACGAAAACUUGCUGAAGCAUAUAAUGUAACGUAUCAAGAUUCAAUACCAACCGCACAAUUAGUUCAAAGAGUUGCAUCAGUAAUGCAGGAAUAUACUCAGUCUGGAGGUGUCAGACCUUUUGGAGUUUCUCUACUUGUAUGUGGAUGGGACAAAGAUCAAGACAGGCCUUACUUGUUUCAAUGUGAUCCAUCAGGUGCAUAUUUUGCGUGGAAAGCAACAGCUCUUGGAAAAAAUCAUUUAAAUGGGAAAUCAUUUCUUGAAAAAAGAUAUAAUGAAGAAUUAGAACUGGAAGAUGCAGUUCAUACAGCCAUUCUUACUUUAAAGGAAUCAUUUGAAGGCCAGAUGACUGAAGACAACAUAGAAGUUGGAAUUUGUGAUAAAGAUGGUUUUCAUAGAUUGGCUCCUACUGAAGUUAAAGACUAUCUUGCUGCUAUAGCAUGAUUUUCUACAGCAUUCAGAUACCAGAUAAAGUACUCUCCUCAAGUUUUACUUGGGGCAUCUAGUGCACCUCUGUGUCUAGUUUUUGAAUUGUCCCUCAGUUUCUCGUUUGAAGAUUACUGAUUGUUUACCACAACACAAGUAAAAUAUGAAACGCAACCUGGGUUACUAUGUUGUUUGGGGUUAUGACAAUGUUUUGCUGCUAAUUCAGCAUUGUAGCUCAAUAAAUAUGAUAACACCGAAGUACUUUUCUAGUUUGUGGUUGGGUUGAUAUAAUAAUAAAACAAGUCUGACUGUA